UCUUCUCUUUUCCAGGAAGUGAAGGCUUAUUGGUCCUGGCCGAACAAGUGGAAUCACAAAAGAGCCAUUCUGCAAGUACACAGAGAGGAAAUGGCCACGUCCCUGAAAAAAUGGAUUUUGUGUCUUUGUGUAAUAAAAGAAAGUGACUUGCCCCUACUCCAGUGGGACAGAACGUGACAAGAACCAGUGAAGGAGAAUAUGAAGACAGCGAGAAUGUAAUUUAUGAGUAUGAACCAGAUUAUGAAUGUGGGAGUGUUGUAUCUGAAGCUUCCUACAUUGGAGAUCAGCAGAAAACUCUCACGGAAGUCCUAAGUUAUUGCCAGGCCAUGUAUGAUUCCAUUCAGAAACUGGAUAAAAAACUUGACCUGCUUCAUCAAAAGGUCUCAGAAAUGCAGCAUACUUGUGCUAGGCCACUGUUACUCAAACCUAAACCAGUUGGAUUUACAUACAGAAGUUCCAGUCAUUUGCCCCAAGGAAAAAUAAAAGUACAAAAAUCUAUGGAAAGGGCUUCAAGUCUUCAUCUCUCUUCACCGGGCCGAGGAAGGCAUAACCCAGUCAUAAGGGCUGCUUUACGAAAUAGCCAUGUUCAGGUGAAUUCCACAACAAAUAGCGUUCAACAGACUGUUGAACUUGAAUCUCAGCAGCCUGUUCCUAGGCAGAGCCCUCCACUCCCCACCAUAGUUUCUACACAUUCCUUGCAUUCACAGUUUACAGCAGCUGACAGCAUCCCUGACCUUCUUCCACAACCAAAUCUUUCAGCUACUGUUGAAAGUUCUGUCAACAUUGCAUCAUCUUCAGCAGCAUCAUCAGUGAUGCCAGCACCAUCUGAAACAGGUUUGGGAAAUGAAGCAGUGGUGGUGAACUACAGAAGUGCGUCUGGGAAUGUAAACAUUAGUAAAGAAGUGCCAUCUUCAUCAGUCUCCAUACAUCCAAGCUUUGAAUAUGUUGGUGACCCAGUGAGAAAUGUGAAAGUUCUUGGAAACUAUUUGAUGAAAGCUCGGCAAAAGACUAAACCAAAGUAUGCAGCGCGCUACUUAGUUCGUGUCUUGUUCCCCAAGGAAUCUUUGUUGUGUAGCGUUAUAGGAGUGAGUACACAAGGGUGGUGUUCACUGGAUCCUAAUAAAAUGACUGCAAUAAGAGGUAUGAUACCUUUCAAAAUGCACAGAUGUAUGUUCUACUUGGUACUUAGAGAUUUUCACUUUUACCUACUUCUAUCACAAAUUACUUAAUGGUGAAAGAAUGUAUUCUUUUCUCUAGGAUAGUCAUAAUCAUUGUCCAGCAACUUCUCAACUACUGAACACUGUUGUGAAUGUGCUGAACUCUGCUGUGUCUUUUGGUUUUUGAAAAUCCUGCCUUGUGAUCCUCAAUGUUG